GAGAGCUUGUACUUCGAGGCAGGCCGGUUAGGGGCGCUACACCCUUGCCAACAUGGCUGUCGCGGCCUGAUACCCCGCGCGAGUCACCACGCAUCCGGGCACCCGUGUCUCGUCCGUUAUCAAGAAAACACAGCGAUUCGCGCGAGCGGAAAAAUCACGCCACGAGAACGAAGAAAUUCGUCAAGCUGGCGCCGUUCAAACUCCGUUUGUCAAAGAUGCUGAAAUCGCGCAGCUCCGGCGAUAGUCGCAGCAACAGCGUGGAAUCCGAGGAACAGCAACGGCAAAUUAAUCAGUCGUUGCCGUCGGGCACAGACGAGUUUGCGGAUGCACCCGAGGCGGAAACGGACAAGAAUUGUUUGUCGGUUAGGAACGAGCAGACGAUUCCCAGCUCGCCUCCGCCCUCGUACGAGCACGUUCUCGAAGAGACACGAAUGGAAUCGUCGGCUAUCGCGCUACGAGAGGCGAAGGAGGGGGACAAGGAGAAGCAUAUUUCCAGUAAUGAAAAGAGUACGGAGGAAGCCGAAGGCGAUGAUGCGGGUGACGACGGCAGUGGUGGUCCCGGGGGUGGGGACAGAAAAGCGGCCAAGGGACCGAAGAUUCUUCACAAAUCGAGCAAAGAGUUCUACAAGGCGAUGGCCAAGCAAUGGGGCAUAACUUGCAAAAUGAGCGAUCACUGCAGAUGUUUGGAUUGCCAGAGUCAUUACUUCGAUUGCGACUACGAGAAGGACGAGCAGGAGAAGGGCGACGGCGGCCUCAGCGCCGGCACGCCGAUGUUCAUCUCCGAGGUGAUGCACGGCACCGCCUGUGCCCUUUUGUAAACCGCCACGUUCUUCCGGUUCCAUUUCUUCCCUCGAUGGGGCAGAACGUCUACCUGAUUACCACACGCACAAAACGGAAAUCAGCGCCUAAGGAACAACGGGGGAGGGAGGGGGGGAGAGAGAGAGAGAGAGCUUCAUGCAUUUAUAUUCUGUACGAGAUGCGCGAUGUCGGUGAGACAUCUGUGUAAGAAAGAGAUAAAAGAAGCUACUCACGCGCGCGAUGAGAUACACGGCGCAACGAAGGCGCGAGAUAAAUUAUUUUCAGUAUAGACAAGCUAUUGAAGCUGUGUGCACACUGGAGCAUGUUUAAAGACAACCAAUAUAUAAUCGCGCGACUUUUAUGCGGAAAGAAAACAAGAGAUAGAGUCUUGAUUUCUCUUUACGUAAGAGUCGUCCGUUUGUCGGAUGUAGAGUGGGAAGAGAUGCAUUUGAACGGUACAACAGUUUUGAACAAUUUGAAUGUUACAUCUCGCGAUAAAAGAUUUUCAGCGUCUUUAUUUUUCACGUUUGUGAAAAAUAAUGCUUUUGAA